GUUCUCAUUCCGUUUUCGAGCUGGAUAGGUCUCUCGCCUCCAGUAUCGUGUUUCUCAAAAUUCCAUUUGAUUUCCAUCUAAAUUCCAUCUAAAUUUCUCCGGCCUACAAAUUUUGGAUAUCCAUUUCGGUAAAAAGUUCAAAAAUUGUUAGCUUCAGAAUGGCAAUUAGUGGUGUGAAUCCCUCUCGGGCCCUGCUCCUCCGUCCCGCCGCAAUGGUAAAGGGUGCGGUGAACAGCUGUGUGCGAUUCGCUUCUGGUUGUGAGAAGGGUGAGGGAGAAAACCGAUGCCCCAAGGUGCUGACCAAGUUCCCCUGCGGAAAACCCGAUAUCCAGGCGCCACCCAAGAAGAAGCCCAAGAUGGUUCAGUCGGUGUCGAUGUGGCUCAAUCCAUUCUGCGAUCCCGAUGACACCACUUGUCCGUUCAAUCCACGCUUCGAUGACAUCUACUACGUGGAGUCGGACAAGGCCAAGCGAAAGUACUGGCAGACGUGGGUGGCCUGUCCGCCCAUCCAGAUCAAACCCAAGAAGAUUUGCUGUUUUGCCAAGGCCAAGCCGGCGCCCAUCAAGCGCAGGAAGCCCUCGGCCAAGCCCUCCACAGCGUGUCCCCAGCCCUGUCCCGAUAAAACGGAGGAGGACUGCCCCCGGCUGGCGCGUCGCUGCCAUCGCGAUGGUCGUCGACCUCCGUCGUGCAAGCGGGAAAGGGGACCUCUGCCCUGUGUGAAGCCCCGUACCCCGUAUCCCUCUUUCUCCGAGUGCCAGCGCCUCAGGCCCGGCGCCCUGCCCUUGAAGGAGUGCACCUGCCUGGUGAAACCGAUGCUCUGCGAGGUUUGGGCCGAGUUUCGCCGUAGAGCCAUUUGCAAGAAAAAUAACUAAGGAGAUCCCGAGAUUCUGAAGCAUUUAAAAAUUUUUAUUUUGUUUAGAAAAUUAAAAUUGUUAUUUCCUGAGUGACUGGAGGACAAAAA